AUGGAUGCAGUGGGUUAUAACAUCAAUAAAAUUAAUGAACUAUUGUUGAUUAAUAGAUAUUAUGGAAAAUGGGAAUCAUUAACAAACAAUGUUUAAAAUUACUUCUAUAAUAUAGCCAUUUAAUUAUUUAGAAUAGAAAAAAGGGGAAACAUUUUUAUAAUUUAAAACUGACUUUUAUACUUAGGGCCAUUCACAAAUAAAAUAAGUUUCAUUUUGA